GAUCAGCAAAUGCUCCUAUAGAAGCUUUAGAUGAUAUGCGUAAAAAUCUUCAAAAUAUUCUUGUAUAUUAUUUACCAAAUGAUAUUUUUAAUGCAGAUGAAAUUGGACUUUACUGGAAAAUGGAACCAAAUCAUAUAUUAUUAACUGGAUCAGUAGCAAGACAAAAAUAA